AUGCGACUCAACUCGAUCCUCUUCCUCCCGGCAUCCAUACUCAUUCUUAUAGCACCGCACACCGCCUCUGCGGAUCUAGGUCGAGAGGAACAUCUUCCUACACAAUGGAGACGAACCAUAGGAGCGGAGAGCUUGCCAAGGGAGUCGGUACACCGCCGUCGACAGGUGGAAGAGCAUCUGCGCCUGGGUCGAACUCCGGUGGGUGUAAUGAAGAUGAGCCCUGAUGAGGGGGAGAAAUUCUAUAUGGAUUACUGGCAAUUCGAGGAGGAUCUUGGGCAAUCGCCGAGUCGAGAUGCAUUGAAGGAGCCGUUGCGGGCGAGAGGUGUGGAGGAACUGAGGUUGUUGGCGAAUGGGUCAACAGCUGUGUCUUUCAGGCCGCCAUUUGCGCUACAUAUUGGGGGCAGAGCAGAUAAUGACGACCGCUGGGUUCCGAGAGAAAUAGGAGGAGUUGGCAUACUUGCCGUUCUGGAGAAGAGAGCCUCGUCAUGCCCUACCGGAACUGCAGAUUGUUCCUCGAUUGGGCAUCCCAAUAGCUGCUGUUCGACAAACGAGAAUUGCUUUGUUAUCCAGGAUACAGGUCUGGGGAGUGUUGGAUGUUGUCCGAAGGGCAACUCCUGUGGAGGAACAAUCACGCAUUGCAAUGCGCCUAAUUCCCCAUGCCCUGCUAACCUUGGUGGCGGAUGUUGUAUACCGAAUUAUGAGUGCGAGGGCGUAGGCUGUGUCUUCAAUUCAACGGUCGUGGUGCCUCAGCCGCCAACCACUACAGCUUCGUCGUCCGCUGAAAUUCCCACCAGCACGACAUCGAGCGCUAUCCCGCCUCCGACAUCUGCGACAACUACUGCCUCUUCUAGCCCAAGUCUUCCAAACACGCCAGGCACAUCAACCGCAUUAAGCACAGCAAGCACCGAUACAGGCGUCGCUCCAGUCCGGCCUACGAGUGGUACUUCGAUCACAUCUACUUCAUCACUGGCAGCCACGCCAACCGACACUCUGUGCCCCACAGGAUUCUACGCCUGUUCAGCAUACUACCAAGGGGGUUGCUGCAGGGUAGGAAGGAACUGCGAGAAAAUAUCAUGUCCCGCAACCAGCUCUACAACUAUCUCCAUAAUCCCACGGGUGCUUGUGCUACCGGGUGGUCCAGCUGCGCAGCAGGUGAUGGGGGAAACUGUUGUCCGAGUGGAUAUCAAUGCGGGACUGCUAGUUGCUCUUCUAUAUCUCCGAGUUCUACGGCAGAAGUGCAAAAGGAGAGUCCGAACCUAG